AUGUCGAACGAGACAGCUCAGAACCCGGGGCUCGCCCCACCCGAGGAGAAGAAGAGACACCAUCACAGACGCAGCACCCGCCGGUUGUCCAACUCGAGUGUCAGUCGCUCCGAUCUCUUCGAGGGUCUGACCGUCGUUGGCCCUCCUUCCUCCGCCUCGCGCAGAAGCAGCGCCCAUGAGACGGCACACACCAUGGAGUUGGCGCGGCACCAUCUUGCCCAGGCUUCCACCGACUUGCCUACGCCCGACGAGUCCGGACCUACGACUCCCGAGGAAGGUGAAACCAGGACGACGGAUAGGUACGCCUAUGCCUUUGAUAUCGAUGGUGUCCUCAUCAAAGGUGGCGAGGUGAUUCCGGAAGCCAUCGAGGCGAUGAAAGUGCUCAAUGGUGAGAACGAGUACAACAUCAAAGUACCCUAUAUCUUUGUUACCAACGGUGGCGGCAAGACUGAAGAGGAGAGAUGCAUUCAGCUCUCCAACCAACUCCAGCUCGAGGUAUCUCCUGGACAGUUUAUCUGCGGCCACACUCCCAUGCGGGAGAUGGCACAGAAGUACAAGACUGUCCUCGUGGUUGGUGGCGAGGGAGAGAAGUGCCGAACUGUCGCCGAAGGAUAUGGUUUCCAAGAUGUCAUCACACCCGGUGAUAUCAUCAAGGACAACUCAGACACGACUCCCUUCCGGAAACUGACUGAUGAGGAACACACCAAUUCCAAGCUGCGCAACUAUGGCGAAAUCCCCAUCGAGGCCGUAUUCGUCUUUGCCGACAGCAGAGACUGGGCUGGCGACCAGCAGAUCAUCCUCGACCUUUGCAUGAGCAAGAACGGUCGGCUCGGUACACGUUCCGAGACUUUUGACGAGGGUCCGCCCGUCUACUUUGCGCACAAUGAUGUUAUCUGGGCCACCUCGCACACCUACUCUCGCAUUGGAAUGGGUGCCCUCCGUGCCUCGCUCGAGGCCAUGUUCAAGGCCAUCACCAAAAAGGAGCUUCGGACCGUGGCCUUUGGCAAGCCUCAACUAGGCACUUUUGAUUUCGCGACCAAGCUGCUUCAACAGUGGCGGAAAGACACUCACGGCAUCAACGCCCCACCUGAGACCGUCUACUUUGUUGGCGACACUCCCGAAUCUGAUAUUCGUGGGACCAACGAGUUCGACGAAUCGGGCAAGGCCAUCAACGACUGGCACUCGAUCCUCGUCAAGACUGGCGUGUAUCGUGAAGGCACCGAGCCAGCGUACAAGCCCAAGGUCACCGUCGACAAUGUGCUGGAGGCUGUCAAGUACGGCAUGAAGCGCGAAUUCGACGCAAGCUUGCGCGACGCGGCCAAGAACGCCCCCGCCAUCUUGGAGGAGUAG